GUUGUGCAUGCCAGUGGCCUACCAAAAACACUAUGGGGAGAAGCAGUAUGCCAUGCCAUCUACAUGAAGAACCAGACAAGUACCCGUGCCUUGAAUGGCAAGAUGCCCUACAAGAUGCUCAACAAGAAGAAGCCUAACCUAGCCAAACUGUCACUUUGGGGCUGCCAAGUCUGGGUACAUGACCCUAGUGGUAGCAAACUU